GACAGCUUGAAGUGAGUCUGCUGCUGAGUGUCAGACAGUAAAGGGAGUAGGGAAGCUGUGUGUCUUCUGUACCUGCUCAACAUGUAUAAAGUUGUAUCCUGUCUAAGUGGCCGCUGUGCAGGUCUCACAGGACAGUCCUGCUGCUCACCUGCUGUGGCCAAAAUUCACCUUGGAAGUGGGGCAGUAUGUCAGAAAUCAGCCUUCAAAUACCGACCUGCAGACCUCCCAGAGAUGCCCUCGUGCACUUUCAAACCAGAUGAAUACACGGGUAUGUCCAAAGAGCGGAUGAUGGAGAUCCGCAAGCAGAACUGCAACCCGGUGACCUCAAAGAUUACCUACUAUAAGAAACCAGUGUUCAUCCACCAGGGAUACAUGCAGUGGCUGUGGGAUGUGGACGGAAAGCGAUAUCUGGAUCUAUUUGCUGGUGUGGCAACUGUCAGUUUGGGCCACUGCCACCCGAAGUUGACAGCCACCACACAGAGGCAGUUGGAGAGACUGUGGCAUACUACAAACAUCUACGUCCAUCCAAACCUCCAUGAGUACUGUGAGAAACUGGCCUCCCACUUACCGGAUCCUCUCAAGGUGAUAUAUCUGACCAACAGUGGCUCAGAGGCCAAUGACCUGGCUAUUCUGAUGUCUCGACUCCACACAGGCAACUUUGACAUCAUCACAUUCAGAGGAUCAUACCACGGAGGCACCCAACAGACCAUGGGUCUCACCUCCAACUCAUCAUAUAAAUACCCUGUUGCCACUAGUGCAGGCUGCACAAAUACCAUGUGUCCUGAUGUGUUCAGAGGUCCGUGGGGAGGAAGCCACUGCAGGGACUCUCCUGUGCAGACCAUCAGAGAGUGUAGCUGUGCCCAAGGUCAUUGCAUGGCAAAUGAACAAUACAUUGGACAGCUCAGAGAGACAUUUGCCACUAGUGUCCCAAGUCGAAUUGCUGGUUUCUUUGCAGAGCCGAUUCAGGGAAUGGGAGGAGCUGUGCAGUACCCUAAAAAUUACCUCAAGGAGGCUUAUAAACUUGUGAGAGAGAGAGGAGGGGUCUGCAUUGCUGAUGAGGUCCAGACAGGAUUUGGGCGAACAGGAAGCCACUUCUGGGGUUUCCAAGGUUAUGACGUCCUUCCUGAUAUGGUCACAAUGGCAAAGGGCAUCGGUAAUGGAUUUCCAAUGGGAGCUGUUGUUACAACACCAGAAAUUGCUGCUUCCUUUGGUAAGGCUUUCCACUUCAACACCUUUGGAGGAAGUCCUUUAGCUUGUGCUGUUGCUUCAUCAGUGCUUGAUACUAUCAAAGAAGACGGCACACAGCAGAACAGUCUCAAUGUGGGCACCUAUCUGAUGACCCAACUGGCAAAACUCAGAGACAAGUACGACAUUAUCGGUGACGUCCGUGGAAAGGGUCUGCAGAUCGGUGUGGAAAUGGUCAAAGACAAGGCCAGCAGAGCCCCGCUGCCUCCUGAGGCGAUGAGUGAGAUCUUUGAGGACAUCAAGGACAUGGGAGUCCUGAUAGGGAAAGGAGGAGUCUACGGACAGACCUUUCGCAUCCAGCCUCCCAUGUGCAUCACAAAGAAAGAUGUAGAUUUCUUCGUGGCAAUUUUUGACAAGGCCAUCCACAACUACAUGGACGGAAAAUGAACAGGUUACUCGAUGCCAAGAAGCGAACCUGUGGGGCAUGCAUAACAGGGGAGUGCCUUUUUGUAAAUCUUUUAAAAUAAUGAAAAAUGUAAUUGUUAAUCAGUUUUAAAUUUGAGUUUUUCCCUUUGUGCAUAAGAACUUCAAAAACUUAAUAAUUACUCAGUAAAUGUCACUUCUCUAAAAGAGGUGGAAACAUACACAUAUGACUUUUACACCAACUAGGAAUUAAUUUUGCUUUGUUUAGAUCUACUGACUAACAUAUGAGUUUUGUAGGCUCUGAAUGUAAUAAUAUUUGAUUUAAAAGAUAUUUGUACUUUUAAAUGUUUGCUUAAAUAUGCCACGUUGUUAUGUGUCACCAAUCAAACAACAUAUUCAAGGUGCAGGUGCAUGUUUUCAACAGACAUAUCCAAUACACAGGACUUUAUUAGUCAUGGUUACUGGAGGCAAAUCAUUCCAGGGUUGUGUUUUAAAUACCAACGUGCUAUAUCACCUUUAUUUUUAUGAUGCAGUAAUACCACGACAGAGCUCUUCAUGAUAAACCAAGAGG